AUGUCAACAUCAACGGGACGCCCACCCCUACAGGAGAACAGGAAGAGACAGGAUGAGGGACUGACAUCAACGGGACGCCCACCCCUACAGGAGAACAGGAAGAGACAGGAUGAGGGACUGACAUCAACGGGCUGCCCACCCCUACAGGAGAACAGGAAGAGACAGGAUGAGGGACUGACAUCAACGGGCUGCCCACCCCUACAGGAGAACAGGAAGAGACAGGAUGAGGGACUGACAUCAACGGGACGCCCACCCCUACAGGAGAACAGGAAGAGACAGGAUGAGGGACUGACAUCAACAGGACGCCCACCCCUACAGGAGAACAGGAAGAGACAGGAUGAGGGACUGACAUCAACAGGACGCCCACCCCUACAGGAGAACAGGAAGAGAAACUGA